UCUGCCUGCUGCCUCCGCAGCGUGCCUCUAGCUCUCCCAGUGUUAACUGCCUGCGCCUUGACAGUCAAGCUGCGCAAAGCAAAAGGGUUAGUUGGGACCUGCUUUGGCGACUCCAUGGCAUCCCCACGAACCGUAACUAUCGUGGCACUCUCAGUAGCCUUGGGACUCUUCUUUGUUUUCAUGGGGACUAUCAAGUUGACCCCCAGGCUCAGCAAGGAUGCCUACAGUGAGAUGAAACGUGCUUACAAGAGCUAUGUUCGAGCCCUUCCUCUGCUGAAGAAAAUGGGCAUCAAUUCCAUUCUCCUGCGGAAAAGUAUUGGUGCUCUCGAAGUGGCCUGUGGCAUUGUCAUGACCCUGGUACCUGGGCGUCCCAAAGAUGUGGCCAACUUCUUCCUGCUCUUGCUGGUGUUGGCUGUGCUUUUCUUCCACCAGCUGGUUGGUGAUCCUCUCAAACGUUAUGCACAUGCGCUGGUGUUUGGAAUCCUGCUCACUUGCCGCCUGUUGAUUGCCCGCAAGCCUGAAGAUCGGUCUUCUGAGAAGAAGGCUUUGCCUGAGAGUGCAAAGGAGCAACUCUCCUUAUAUGAGAAGGCCCCACAGGGCAAAGUGAAGGUGUCAUAGAAAAUUGGAAGUGCAAAAGUGGACCUUCUAGGCAGUUCCUCCUUAACUAAACCCAAGAAGAUAUCAGUGCAGGUUUUCAUUUGAUGUAUUUAUCUUGGGUGGAAAGAGAAAAAUAUAAUCUGCAAGUUAAAUUGGCUUGUGUACAUCUAUACCCUAAAAUUAACACCCCACAUUGACAUUCAUUCACCACCUUUAAUCACUCUGGAACAACGUUCACAUCUUGCUGCAUGUACAUGUAUAUGGCUACUAUUGAGGUGUAUUUGUGAGAUGGACUCCAGCAAGCAUGUGACUCUGAGAGUAUGUGUGGAAAAAUGUGUUUAAGUCCUAUGUGUAUGAGAAUACAUGCAUGUGGAGAGGAGGCUCUGAUCUUCAACUAAUCCUGCACAGCUAUCCUUCCCUCUAAAAAUCGAUUCCUGCAAAGGUAGAAUAAAAGAAUCCUCCCGUAAAGAGAAUUCUUUUCUGGUAGAAAGCAAGUAACCUAUUCCUUUGUGGGGUGGGAAACCUUCUCUGGGUUAAGCUGUAAACUUAAACUCAUAAUAUUAGGAGAAGAAUUUCUUCAAUUUAAUUAGCCUCUAGCUCAACUUUUAAGUUUUAAACACUCAACAUCAAGUUUAAUUAAAGCAAGGGAUAUAUGCAGCCAAUAGACAGUCUGAUUCUUCAAGCCUUGCAGAGGGGGUUCCUCUUUACCUUUGUCUGAGCCCAAACUACUGAGCUCUUUGGCUAGCAGUUUGAAAUUCAGUUUAGUAACCUUUUAUUAGACACCUUCAAAUUUGGUUUUAAACCCAGAGCUGCUUCACUUUCACCAUUCUCAGUAGUCAACCAGGAUUUGACAGUUUCCCUACUGUUUCCACCAAGAGACCAGGGAUUGAUCCUGUUAAGUUCCCCUUUCCAGCCCUGGUGUUUUUCUGAAUCCUGCAACUGAAUAGAGAGGAAAUCACCAGUGUUGAUCUGUGGGAAAAGUUCUCUACUCCUACCAAUCCCUUUGCUAAUAUUAACAAAGUCCAAAAUACCUGAGAAUUGUCUAUUUUGCACCUCUUCAGCAUUCCAGUGGGGGGAGUUUACCUGGGGGAAGGACAUUUGACAUGGGUUAGUUAGAAUGAGCAGUAUGAAAAUUUGCUUUCAUGGUUACAUACUGUUGUUUCUCUUUCUUAAUUGUGCUUUGGUGGUUUUAAUAUUGUGCCAGGGAUGGGAAAGGGGUUGGGGGUUGUGUGUGGGGAGAGUGCUUACUGUAUUUUCUUCGGUGUUACUGUUCUUGGUAAUUGAUACCUGUCUUCUUUCACUCAUUCUUUCAAAAUAAAGAUUUUUGAAAUUUGGA